ACUUCAUAGCGGGGAAUUUCGAAUUUAUUUCAAUAACACUUCAUAAAGUUUGCUUAAACCAACAUUCUUCAGACGAAUUUAUCUUAUGUUAGUAAAAAGCUUAAAAAGCUUUUUUUUCAAUACAAGAAAUGUUAUUUAGUUUAGUUGUACUACGAAUUCGUUGUAUAAACAGUACUCAACUAAUAACUUGAAAUUAAAGGUCUUGAAAGAAAAAAAUUGUAAAACUAUCCACCAUCCAACUCAGUUGGUUAUUUCAAGUUCGAUAGCAGUGAACAAAACUUUUAUAACAUUGCCGACAUAUCAGUUAUUAAAUUAAAAAUUUGCACAAUGCAAUUGUUACUAAUGAACAGCGCUCGAAUAAAUUUUAUAACGCAAUUCCUAUUUCUUAUCGCGAUUUUAAAUGGAACCUAUAUUGUGUAUUCAGAUUCCCAAGGACUUGAUGGUCAUGCUUUUCGUCAUUUGAUUCCAGAGACCUUCAAAAGAGAAAGUCAGUUUCAGAUUAUUAAUGAAUGGAAGUAUUUAGAUUUUGAAUAUUCAACCUUUGUCGAACGAAAGCAGGCAAUUUUAAAUGGCGACUUCGUUCCUAAAAACAACUUACCCUUGGGAAUCGACGUAUACCGAGACCGUUUGUUUAUAACAACACCUCGUUGGAAAGAUGGAGUACCUGCCAGUUUAGGUACCAUUCCAUAUCCAGCAAGGGAGACAAGUCCGGCAAUUAGACCGUAUCCCACAUGGAAGGCUCAUGGAGACCCCAAAACUCCAGAUUGCUCCAAACUAAUAUCGGUGUAUCGCACGGCGAUUGAUAAAUGCGAUAGACUUUGGUUAAUUGACUCGGGUAUUGUUAAUGCAACUGUCAACCUAAAUCAAAUCUGCCCGCCAAAGAUAGUCGUGUAUGAUCUUAAAACUGAUAAAGAGAUUAUUCACUACAACUUACCAGAGUCCCAAGUGAAACAAGAUUCUCUACAUUCAAAUAUUGUUGUAGAUGUCGGAAAUUCAUGCGACGAUGCUUAUGCAAUCGUAUCAGAUGUCUGGCGAUUCGGUCUCGUAGUUUACAGUCUCUCAAAUAAUAAAAGCUGGCGAGUUACGAAUUAUAAUUUUAGUCCGGAGCCAUUUGCAUCUGACUUUAAUAUCUAUGGAUUAAAUUUUCAAUGGCUAGACGGAGUUUUUGGAAUGAGUAUUUCAUACGAUAAAAGGACUAAUCAGCGUGUACUCUACUUCCAUCCAAUGGCAAGCUUUAAGGAAUUUAUGGUGCCUUUGGACCUCUUAAUAAAUGAGUUCAUAUGGCAAACAAGUAGCCAGGAAACCGCCAAAUAUUUUGUUUCCAUUGGAGACCGUGGAUACAAAAGUCAGUCAUCAACUUCCGGAAUCACAAGAGAUGGAGUCAUGUUUUACACACAAGUUCACCGGGAUAACAUUGGUUGCUGGGACACUGCAAAGCCAUAUACUCGCGGGAAUAUGAUGUUACUUUUCAAUCAAAGUUAUAACGGCUCCAAUACCAUCCUCCAAUUCCCAAAUGAUUUAAAAGUGGAUAACGAAGAGCAACAAAAUGUGUGGAUAAUGAGCAAUCGUUUACCAAUUUUUUUGUAUAGUACCUUGGAUUACAGUGAAGUUAAUUUUAGGAUUUUAAAGGCUAGUGUCAGUAAGAUAAUAUAUGCUAAUCAUAUAUGUAAUCCCGGUUAUAAGAAUAGCAAUGACCGAAAGUCAGCUAAUGUAAUAAUAGAAGAAGGACAAUGUUAUUAAAGAUGUUAAUACUAUUUGUUCAACUCAAACACAAUAUAAUUAUACAAAAUCAUAAAGGAAAGAAACCAGUCUUUGGAAUUAUUU